AGCAUAUACAAUGCGCUGUGAACGACAGACUUGCCCUGGAAAUGAGCAGAUUAAUCAGAAGUACCUUAAUAAUGGUGACCGCGAUACUUGCCACGACGUCCAUAGGUUGUGUGAAGGGUACUGAGGCCGAGAGGAAUUUGAUUGCAUAUCUGUUUGAGAACUACACGAAAGAGGUGAGACCGGUAGACAAACACAACGAGACACUCUGCCUCGAGUUCGGCAUCGCCAUCUCACAACUGCACGAAGUGAAAGAAAAAGAUCAAGUGAUGAAAACCAGCUUGUGGCUUGAACAGAACUGGACCGAUAUUAACUUGAAGUGGGAUCCAGAAGACUAUGACAACAUCACCAGCAUCCGGGUGCCCUCCAACUGGCUCUGGCUGCCAGACAUAGUCCUCUACAACAAUGCUGACGGCCAAUACGAGGUGACCCUGCGCACGAAAGCGCUCGUAAGGUACCAAGGUCAAGUCGAGUGGACCCCUCCCGCCAUAUACAAGAGCUCCUGCGAGAUAGAUGUCAAGUUCUUUCCGUUCGACAUGCAAACAUGCAAAAUGAAGUUUGGAAGUUGGACAUACGAUGCUAAACUAGUUGACCUUUACCUGCGAAGAUUGACUGUGGAUAAAAGGGGGUAUAGCGAGAAUGGAGAAUGGGAACUUGUCGAUGCCCCUGGAUUCAAACACGUGAUCGUGUAUUCGUCGUGUUGCGGCAACACUUACUAUACCGAUGUUACCUUCCAGUUUGUGCUGAUAAGGAAGCCUCUGUUUUACACAGUCAAUUUAAUCAUACCUUGCGUCUUGAUUUCAUUUUUGACAGUCCUAGUGUUUUAUCUACCCUCCGACUGUGGUGAAAAAGUGACACUUUGCAUUUCUGUGCUUCUAGCUCUCACUGUCUUCUUACUCCUAAUCGCCGAAAUAAUUCCGGCAACAUCGUUGGUCGUCCCGCUGAUCGGAAACUAUUUACUUUUCACAAUGGUUAUGGUUACCUUGUCAAUUAUAAUAACAGUUGUAGUCCUAAACGUACAUCAUAGAGUUCCUAGCACACAUACGAUGCCUGGUUGGGUGAAAACUGUAUUUUUGAACUACUUGCCUAAACUUCUGCUUAUGAAACAGCCCGAAAAACAGGAUAACAAUGCUCCCUCGGGCUACACUUUGUUCAGCCCCGUCAACCCAAAUCCGAACCCUUCAAACGCCACAUCCACAAAUUACUCGGCAACCAAUAAUGUUCUCUCAGCCGGCGUGAAUCAUAAUACGAACGCGCACAUAUCAAACCCGGUCGGCGGUUCGUACUAUGGAAACGGGGGACUUCUAACAACCCCAAACGACUUUUUCAACUCGACUGACAUGCACCAAAACAAUUUAGCCAAUCAGAACUCAACAAGUGGCGCUGCCUCAUUGGCUAGAAGGAACGCCAAUAGCAGCAAGUACGCAAUGCGACAUCACGAUGAUUUCAUAACGGAAGAUGACAUCCAGAUAAAUCCAGGUGGAGGUCUGUCGAACUCCUUUUCUCCCGUCGGAAUCCACCAGCGAAUGAAUCAUCAGAGCCAGAGUGGAAGUGGCGGGGCUCAAGGGGGUGCAACGGGCGGCGGCGGCGGGGGUGCCAAUCAGACGUCUGUGUCGCUUUCAAAUGACAUCAAAAGAGCCAUUGAGGGCGUACAAUACAUUGCACAACAUUUAAAGAAUGAAGAUGAAUUCAACAGUGUCUCCGAAGACUGGAAGUAUGUGGCGAUGGUCGUGGACCGUUUGUUCCUGUGGGUGUUCGUCAUCAUCUGUGUUGUGGGCACUUGUACUAUCAUCCUAGACGCACCCCUCAUCAAGGACCCCGACUCCGCCUACCAGGGCAUCAUAGACCCCGAGGCCCAGCAGAACGCCUGCGGACAGGGCUUUGUCAACUAACUAGUUAUACGCUGUAAUUAACCAUAGUGAUGUAAUUAUGUAAUUAACCACUAAAUUGGGAUACAUGCCAAGCUAUUGUUGCCUAGCACAAAAGACAGCAUAAUUAGAGUUUUGCAAUGCGAUUCUAUGCAGAAACUGUCUCUAAAUUACAAAUUUGCCAACCGAAUAUUUUUUGAAACUCUGAAACUGUAGUCAAACUUCCAUUCUCAUUGCCCAAGUUUGGAAGUUUUGUAAAAUUAAUAGUGUGCAUUUUAAUUUUUCUGCAAUAUGAUUAUUACGAUUUAUAUUUUCGAAAUAAAAAGCU